AUGUUGCCGCUAUCGUUACUCCGUACGGCGCAGAACCAUCCAAUGCUUGUAGAACUUAAAAAUGGCGAAACAUACAACGGUCAUCUCGUUAGUUGUGAUAACUGGAUGAAUAUCAACCUUAGAGAAGUUAUUUGUACAUCAAGAGAUGGUGACAAGUUCUGGAGGAUGCCCGAGUGCUAUAUCAGAGGCAGUACCAUCAAAUACUUGCGUAUUCCCGACGAGGUUAUCGAUAUGGUGAAAGAAGAGACUCAGAAACUCUUUGACAUCAUGACGUCAAUGGAUGGUUGUCAAACGUUGCCUAGAGAUUGUAAAUUUCGUCGUGAAUUGUCAACACGAGUUGGUGUAAUCGGUAAGGCGUGUGGAUUACACCACAGAGACCCCGAGUUCGAGUCCCGCCGUAAACAUGAAGUUUUUUAG